AUGGUAAUGAACGGAGCUGUUGGAGUCGUUGACGAUGAAGUUGCCAGUGGUUUGAGUGAUGGAGGCAUAACUGCAAUAAUAAAGACUAACAAGGAAACAAUAAAGAAAAAGCUGGUCAGGGAGUUGGCCAUAAAGAUGAAAAACAAACAGUCCAAAACUGAUAAAGGUUCUCCAUCUGCAGAACCAUCCCUUCCACCUGAAAGUAGGCGAUCAUCACCAAGGAACAAGAAUUUUGCGAUAAAGAUGAAAAAUAAGCAGAACACUCAACAGUCCCCAACUGAAAGUGCUUCACUCACUUCAAAGCUGCAAACCCCGACUCAAACCAAGUCCGCAGAACCAUCCCUUCCACCUGAAAGUAGACGAUCAUCACCAAGGAACAAGAAGUUUGCGAUAAAGAUGAAAAACAAGCAGAACACUCAACGGUCCCCAACUGAAAGUGCUUCACUCACUUCAAAGCUGCAAACCCCGACUCAAACCAAGUCCGCAGAACCAUCCCUUCCACCUGAAAGUAAGCGAUCAUCACCAAGGAACAAGAAGUUAGAACCAAGUGCUGCUGUUUCUUCUCUAACUAGAUGUGCAACAACUCCAAAGCGUCGUCGACAACCUGAAAGUGCUAAAAUGUCAUCACCAACUACAAAGAAACAGGCUACUAGGAAGAAUAAUGUGCAAUCUGAAAGUGCUCAACAUUCACAGACCACAACUGCAAAGUCCCAAUCAAAAAGCUCUGAAGGAGAUACUGAAAAAUCUGGAGUGGGGCGAAAGAAUGUAAAGCGAAAACUUGACACAAGCAGCACAGGCCCAUGUCUGAAUGUUCAACUUAGGGAUCCACACGACACUCUCGCAGAUUUUCAAGAUGAAGAAGAAGAGGAAGAGGAGGAGGAAGCUGUGGAAGAGGAUAACUCUGAUCAUGUGGAGCCUGAUGUGGAAGAAGAGAAUGAUAAUGAUUCUGCUGAUCCGAAAAGAACAAUUUCCUUCAACGCUAAUGAACAACCGAUUGGUGAUCCAUCUGUGCAACUUGCCAGUGUGCUAGGGGUGCUUGUUCGGAAACUUCCAUUAACGUACAAGGAUUGGAGACUUGUCCCUUAUAAAGCCAAAUAA